UCGGUGCAGGAUAGUGUGAAGUUAGUGAAGACCUUGAACGAAGCAAUUCUCUGACUUUUAAAUUACAGACCUCUCUCACCUGGUCAUAGAACUGGACUCUAGCGUGUGAACGCAACAUUUUAUUUCAUUUUUAUUUUUUUACCUCAGUGAUAUUUUUCUUAUUGGUUAAUAUUUAUCUUUUUGUAUGUGAGUGUUUAUGUGACACUUAACGCCGGUUUGACCCUGACAUGGCUGAGGCACCGCCACCACAGACACAGCCGGUCGAAAUAGACCCGGACUUUGAGCCUCUUUCUCGCCCGCGAUCGUGCACUUGGCCUCUUCCCCGGCCGGAACUCCUCGACCCGACCGGCUCCAACACAUCCUCCCCGGCACCAUCGGUGCAACAGGAGCCGGGAGGAAACACCGAGUUCAUUAGUAACCUCGGCUUGUUAGAGGAGGACUAUGAGGAGUACGCAGAGCAGAAACCACCUGUGCCCUGCAAUGAUUUUCAGUGUCGGGACGGAAACUGUGUGCAUCUGCAUCACCACCACCACCACCAUCAUCUUCAGCAGCAGCAGCAGCAGCAGCUCCCGGGUCCGCAACUGCCGCCUCAGCAACAGGUGCCUCCUCCUGGCCUCGCACCCCUGGGCAGCUCCGGCCACAGGAAGAGCGGCCACAGCUCGUCCCGUCGUAACGCCUGGGGGAACAUGUCGUACGCUGACCUGAUCACCAAGGCGAUAGACAGCUCACCUGAGAAGAGGCUGACACUGUCUCAGAUUUACGACUGGAUGGUCAAGAGUGUGCCUUACUUCAAGGAUAAAGGAGACAGCAACAGCUCCGCGGGCUGGAAGAACUCCAUCAGACACAACCUGUCCCUGCACAGCCGGUUUGUGCGCAUACAGAAUGAGGGAACAGGAAAAAGCUCCUGGUGGAUGCUGAACCCAGAGGGGGGAAAGAAUGGAAAGUCACCUCGACGCAGAGCCGCCUCCAUGGACAACAACAGUAAGCUUGCCAAAAGCAAAGGAAGGGCUACGAAGAAAAAGAUGGCUCUACAAGAAGGGGCUGAGGGUGGAGCUGGCAGCCCUGGUUCCCAGUACUCUAACUGGCUGGGAAGCCCAAACUCCCACGGUAAUGAGGACUUUGAAACCUGGAGCUCCUUCAGGACGCGCACCAGCUCUGAUGCCAGCACUCUGAGUGGUCACCAUUCACCUUUCCCUUCUGAACAGGAUGACCUGGGAGAGUCUGAUGGCCAUAUGAUUUAUCCUGGAGCUGCAGGGACCAAGAUAACCUCCACCCUGCCCAGCUUGUCUGAGGUGACUGGAUCCUUGGGCCAACAUGGUUCAGAGAAUGUCAUGGAGAGUCUGCUGGAUAACCUGAACCUCCUGUCUCCUAAAAACCCUCCGCUGGGUUCUGACUCCUCACAUUCCUCCAAUGCUACCAUGCUUCAGAGUAGCCCCUACAGCUCCUCUGGCUUGACCCCGCACUCACAGCAGGACUACCGAAAGUGCAUGUAUGGCCAGGUGAGGAUGAACUCCCUCUCCCCUGUGCCCAUGCAGACACUGCCAGAGACCAAGCCGGGCUUCGGGCCUUAUGAGAACCAGUAUAUCUGCACAGCUGGUCUUCUUAAAGAGUUGCUGACCGUAGAUGCAGAUGCCAGUAGGGACGUCAUGUCCUCAAGGGAUGCGCUGGUGUCUCAGGUUGGGAGGGGAGGUUGCCUAAUGCCCACUUACAGCAGCCAGAGGCAUGCUGGGGCUCACAAUGGAGUAAAAAUGAUGACUCCUCCUCAGAGUCACCCAGUUCCUCAUGUAAAUCCACAAGCUAUACAUAGCCAGGGUCCUUCAACCUCACAAGACUUGAAUAGUUGUAACAUGAUCCCAGUGACUAGCCUGACUAGUCUUUCAGUGGCCCCUCCUCAAAUGACCAACCUGAGGACAACCAUGCAGCUGCCCCGUGGACACCCAGCACACACUAAUGAUGUCUCAGCAACCUAUGGCAGAAGCAAUGGCUACAGGGAAAUCAGCUUGGGUCACCCGCACGGUCAUCAUCAGGAGCGGCUGCCAAGUGACCUGGACAACAUGUCCAUUGAGAGGUUUGAAUGUGACAUGGAGUCUGUCCUCCAUGACACACUCAUGGAUGGUGGGGCACUGGACUUUAACUUUGACCCCGCAGCUGGGCCUCAUGGGUUUCCCCAAAGGGUGAAGACCACCACACACAGCUGGGUGUCAGGCUAGGAUUCAUGGUGGAUCACAAACAGGUUUUCUCAGCAUCAUGCCACUGCUCAUCUUCAUUCAGAGACUGGAAAAUGUAAAUCCAAAGAAGCCACCACCAUCACUCUCAACAGAGCACCUGACACAAAGUCAUUGUCAAAAAUUUGAUAUCUUGAGUUGCAGCUCCAUAUUAUGGUCUAAGCUGAGCUCCACGACUCAACUUAGACCAUAAGAGUGUAUGUAUUUACUUUUUAUUUAUGAGACUAAACUAAAGAAGUUUACCAUUCAGAUCCAGAUAUUGAAAAGAAAAAAAGACUCAAAAGCCAGAAUUGUUGUUAUUCAUAAUAGCAUUGAACAUGCUUAAAAACAAAGAGACAAGCCUGCCUUUAGUUUACAAUUACUUGUCAAAAACUGGCAAUAUGUAAAUAGUUGUUUAUUUUUUCUGAUUUCCUGACAUAUUAAAAUAUACUGUACAGGAUUUUACAUAAGACAAAACAUAGUUACAAAAGCAGAGGUUUAGAAAUUUCUUAAAACAAAUUAUUUGUGAUCAGUCUGGUACCAUCUCGUGAAAGGAGCCAGUCAUGGAUUAAUGUGGGGUCCACACAGCAGCAUUAUGCAUAUUCAGUGAGAUAAAAGCAUGGCUAUAUCUGUCCACACAAAGUUUGACUUAAGACAUCAAGCAGUGAUUUUUUUUUUUUUGGUCCAUUGCUUAAAAUUGUGUUUAUGAUGUGAAAAUGGCACUGGUCUCUUAUUAUCUAGUGGAUCCAAAAAUCUGCCAUAUCUGAUGUUCUGUACGGUCUGAUCAAUCACAAGAGUGUCAGACUUGAAAGGUUAAAUUUGAGAAAAGUUCUUAGCAUCCAGCCUUUUUUUUUUCAAAUGAUUACUCAAGUGUUAAUCCUAUUGAGGUCAUUCGGCUUAAAUUAUAGAUAAACCAGUGUAUCAUCUGCAUAAGGAAUCAUAUUAACAAUAUUAAAAUACUGUGUAAUGUAUAAAAUGCUGUAUAAUAAUGUACUGUGACAAAAGAUAUGUCCAGGAAUAGACCCCUGGAGAAAUCCACAAAUUAUGAAACAAACAACAAUGUAGCCUAAAAAAAUAUACUGAUUGGCCUACACACAGCUGAAAUAUUCACAGACACAUGUCAUGGUACAGUGCUGUCAAACUGAGGGCUCGAGUCAAAUAUCAACCAAUCAGUCAUAUACUGUAUGAAAAUAUUUAUUUAUGUUUUUAUUCUAUUUGUAGCUGUUGGAUUCUUGCUUUGUAUUUUGUAUUCUGGUAAAAAAAAAAAAAAGUGUCUAUACUGUGUACAAUGUAUACACUGGAAUUAAGAUACCCAAUACUGUUAUGCUGUACUUAAUUUUUUUUUCACAUUAAUAUCCAAAAUUACAGAUACAUUAGAAAUGCUGCCUUCUAAAACAGUUUACUCAAAGUCUCAAUUAAUAUGGAGACAUCUGUUUUGUGAAAGCUCGCUGUUACAUUAGGGUGUUUUCAUGCACUAAUUACUCUUUGAAAAUGUGAGUGUUUGUCACCCAUAAAGAAUAAUGCUCCUCAGCAUCUUAUUUUGCCGUAUUGAACUCAUUAAUCAUGAAUGUUGCUAUCAGGGGACAAACUUCCAUCUCUCUAUAAUUACAUGAACCUCUUUGGAUAUAGGAAAUUCUACCGUGCAUGAAAAACAUUUCAAAAUUGCUUUAGAGAAACUGAAAAGGUAUGAUGAUCAAGUUAAAAUCAGAGCUGUGUUUAUCACUUUCACUGAAAAAGGGACAUUUUGGAAAAUCUGGAGAUUUUCGCCUGACUAAUGCUGUGUGAUACAGGGGGAGCAGAAGUAGGUGGAGAUGAUCAGAUUCUAAACAAACCGAAACUGGAUGAUGGUCUUCAAAGCUACAGCUUUCAUGCACCAAAGAGUUAUCUACUCUACCAAACACAUUUCAAAGAAAGUGUUCCAAUUCACUGUGCCUACAUGGUCUCACUGACUUACAAUGUUGUACAUAUUAUUUUCUUUAGUAGUACAUUUUUGUAAAUGGUUUUAAAUGACUUGUAAGGAUUGUACUGAAAUAUUGCAUUCUUAUGUAUUUGUUUAGGCAUGUUUGUUUACAUAUCUCAGUCCAACCUAUAUCAGUAAAUAUAUGAACACUCAUACCUCAAAAUAUUUUACCUCUGAAGUGUUGAAGGGAUUUUCCUGCCAUUUUCCUCAGUGAGUAAUGUAUUGAAUUCAUCUUCAUUUUUGACGUACAUAGUUUUGUAAAUAUUUUUCUGUUUUUUUGUAUAUGAUUAAUGCUGAAACCAGUUAUAUUUGGACCUGUCGUCUGUCUUUGCAUUUCUGUUUUCUUGUGCUUGAGGAUUAUAGCCAUUAGUUUAUAGUUAAUGUUAAUGUGACAGUAAAAGUUUUUAAUUAAACAUGAAUUUGUGUGAAAUUUAACAUUUUAAAAUUGUUCAGUGAAAGUUUAACAGAAUUCAGUAAACAGAAUUUAAUUAUGUUGUGGCAGAAGAGUAGUAUUUCUAUAAUUAUUGAAGUCAAUUAAAAAUAAAUACAUGAUGGAAGAUUUUAACAAUGGGUCAACAUUGCUACCUUGCACAAAUGAGAUUAAACUUUAACAAGUACUUGAGCCUGUUACAUUUCAUUUUGGAAAAAUAGCAUAAUGAAUUUUUUAUAUAAUAUUUGAAGUUACACAAAUGAUGAUACCUACUCGUGUAAAAAGUAUUUUCAGGAAAAAUGGAAUGUUUUAUUUUGUCUUUGAUAUCCACAUACAGGUAUUUUUGAAAUAAUGCAGUUUUUUGUAUGUAACCCAUUCCAAUUCAUAUAUCACCAUGAGAACUUGCAAUUAAAGGA